CAGGACCAGCGAGGCGCGGGGCAGAGCGGCGCCGCGCCCAGUUCCGCCGCGACGGCGGCCAUGGCGGAGGGGGACUACGAGGCGGUGCUGUGCGUGAAGCCGGCGGUUCAUGUGUACCGGGUGCCGCCGCGGGCCUCCAACCGCGGCUACAGAGCUGCGGAAUGGCAGCUGGACCAGCCGGCGUGGAGCGGCAGGCUGCGGAUAACAGCCAAGGGCAAGAUUGCUUUCAUUAAGCUGGAGGACAAGACUUCAGGAGAACUUUUUGCCCAGGCUCCUGUGGACCAGUUUCCCGGCAUUGCUGUGGAGAGCGUGACGGACUCCAGCAGAUAUUUUGUCAUUCGGAUUGAAGAUGGAAACGGCCGCCGUGCUUUUAUUGGAGUUGGGUUCGUUGACCGAGGGGAUGCUUUUGACUUCAACGUGGCUCUCCAAGACCAUUUUAAGUGGGUCAGGCAGCAGAGCGAGCUGGCCAAACAGGCCGAGAACCCGGAUCAGGGACCCAAACUGGACCUGGGCUUCAAGGAGGGGCAGACCAUCAAACUCAACAUCGCGAAUAUGAAGAAAAAGGAAGGAGCAACAGGAAACGCCAAACCGCGUCCCGCAGGUCCCGGGGGUCUGAGCUUGCUCCCGCCGCCUCCCGGAGGAAAAUCUUCCACUCCGGUUCUUCCCUCCGGAGAGCGGCCGUCUUCGCUCUCGACGCCUGUCCAGGCUGCGGGCAUGCCGAGCGCAGACUCCCUCUUGGCCUGGCCGCAGCCCAGCGCUGCUCCCUCGGCCGCCGCCGCCGCCGACGUCUGGGGCGACUUUGCCAAAGCUUCAGGGUCAGCUCCUAACCCGAAUCAGGCGAAUGCGGGCUGGGUGCAGUUCUGACCCAGCCCCCUCCUCUGCUUUUUCCUGCGCGGAUGCUGAGAAAGGGACCAAAGGAUGGGGAGCGCUGCUGCACCCUUCCCCACAGAGCUAACACGCUGCUUCAGGACGCUCCCCUUACGUCUCGCGGUGGUGUCCUGCUUCCCUAAUCUUUCCAGGCAAGAAAUGAGACCCCAAAACCCGGCCCUUAAGUGCCUUGAGAUUGAUACGCUGAAGUAGGUGCUGGAGAGCCAAAUGAGAAGGUGCCUUAAAACACACUAAGCCGGUGCCCCCAAGGCCUGGGGCCUUUUAUUCUCUACCUAAACCACAGCAAACCUUAGAAAAAUCACUGCCAGGAGCAGGGGAAACAUGACCUGCCUCCCCAUCUGCCGCACCACGGUGAUUUCUGGCUUCCACCCGUGAUCUUUCCUGCAUUUUCCUCCCCUGCUUUCUUGCUACCUUGUCUGACAUAGCUACAGAAAGCCGACGGCUUCAUCACGAUCCGAGUUCCCUUAGUAACCUGCGGUUGAGAGCGCUGAAAGCAGCGCUGGAAGACUCCGACUCGCUUGCCAGCCCCCCGUGCCAUUGCUCUUUGGUAGGGAAACUUUUUGCCAGCGUCCUGCGCAACAGAGAGGGGUUAACGCAUGCGGCGGGGGGCUGGGAGACCCCUCCGCUUCGUGCCGGCCUCGCGGAGCUCACGUGUUCGGGGCUCCGGCAGGCGGAAGGUUUCCCCUCUCCGGGGCUUCCUCCCGGGGACUUUUCACCCGCAAAACCUCGCUUUACUGCCUGCGUCCCGCGGUGCCUUCGCGUCCCGUAGACGGACGUCCUGCAAAGAUGCUGAGCGUCGCCCUGCGCGUUUCAGGGAGAGGUGGGGAGCCGGACUGCGAGGUUUAGAUAACUGUGUCUGAGCACAGUGCUGAAAUUCCCUAUUUCUUAUCUCAGUAAGUUUUUCCUCUAUUUUGAAGAGAGAUUUUUACUUCUUUUUGCAGACGUUUUAUUAAUCUAAUGUAUAGCUGGAAGCCAUGAAGGACAGAUCUGAGUUGGUCUCUUUAACAGAGCUGGGGCUGAGAUUUCUCUGUGAAAAAAGAGUAUUUUCUUACCUAUUUAUAUUAAGGUGAAGGCCUUUAACCGUAUGAAGUCCUGCUAUUUUUUAAGUGUUUCGAACUUUGUCUUUUUUAUUAUUUCCAUUUUCAGCUGGAUGGUGGGCAUUUGAGUUUCACUUUGCCUGGCAGAGAGCUCACUGAGCCGGGCGAGACGUGUAACACUUUAAAUGAACAAUAAAAUUGUUUUGAGGCAAAA